AUGAAGCCAACAUCUCGCUGUCUGCGACGGUUUGCUGCAGGGCCGCUUAUUUUGUCACAUUUUAUCUGCCGAGGUCCAGCGCUUUCUUUUUCUGCUCACGCCGCCUCAUCGCAAACUUCGGUCGAACCGCGCACAGGAGGCUCUUCCUUCGCGCGUCACGCUGCAAGAGUGACAACGCCACGGACAACUCUUUCACUGGACGUCAACCUGCGCAGAACUCUCCGAAGUCUACUCAUUGAGCGUCUGUGUAGUCCAACACAACCCCUACCAGCAAAGCGCGUGUAUGAUGAGCUGACGAACCGCUCGCGUCUCGUGGAGGAAUUCCACUUCUCGAAAACGUCGCGCCGCAUCACCCGCCAGCGACUCGCACUGCAGUUCCUGCGUCGCUACAACGUACUACUGCAUGGCCUCCUUUUUUAUUCAGAGAGCACACACACGUGGAAUACGACGACGGAGUUUCAUCGCCUCGCAAUCCUUGGAGAGUCUGUGAUACUAACUGAGGUGCGCACUCGGCUGCUUAAGCUAUUUCCUGCCAUGCCGUAUGCGGCGUAUGUGCAGAGUUUGCCUCACAUGGUCAGUGAGGAGGCGCUGGCGGCCGCGUUUGACCGGUAUGAGAUGCAAAACAUUGUCGGUGUGCGACCACCAAACCGACGCAGCGGCACGCCGCUUACUCGAAUGCAAAAGAGUCAUAUGCUGUGUGCGGUGGUAGCGGAGAUGUACUGGUUUACAGCUCGCACGAAGCCGACUGACUUGACGCACAACAACGCGCUCUUUCCCCCCUCCGACGUACUUAUCUUGCACGUGCUGUCCACCCACCUCCUCGAAAACGUGCCUGCGGAGCUUAUCUACAACGUCGUAGAGCCAAUUGUGGCGGACAUAAAGCGCGUCUGGGUGAACGAACCGAUGUCAUUGCCGUCACAGCUGCGUCUCACCCCUCGCACUGUCAGUUCCCUCUCUCUCAACGCCAUCCCUGUUGCGCCCCUGUCCAUUACCGAAGCAGAAGCUGUUAAGUUGCUGCAGAAGAAACACAAGGAUGCGCAUCGUCAACAACACACGCUUACCCGCGAGCCGGACAACAGCUGCGUCAAGUCCUUCAUGCGACCGUCGUUCAACUACCGCAUAUUUGACGGACCCCGUUAUCAGGUACUGAACUCCGAUAAUCGCGUCGCACCACUGCCCCUUGCACAGGAGCGGAGUAGCCUGCCCGCCUCAGCUGUGUGUACCGUUAGUGACGAUGCUGACAGCGCUGCACGUGCGAUGGAGCUCGCCAAGAUGGCCGAGUCGGGGUGA